AUGGCAUCAGGAAUGGGACCAAUACCUACUACGCCUACUAAAACUAAAGGUCAAAUCCGUCAUAUACCAGGAUCAACGCCAGAAGGGCAAUUCAACAGUGGUGGAUUUGGCAUGGCGCGAGUGUCAUCCAAUUCUUCGUUAACCUCAUCUGUGGCAUCUGAUACAAGUAGAAAAUCUGGUGUCAAACCACCAUGGAAUGGAUCUACUCGCUCCGUUGGUAGACGAAAUGCCAAUCCAGCUGCUCCUGUCCCCACAUCCCCAACAAAAGACACAUUCACAUCCCACCAAACAACAUCAGGGACUGGAAUCAGUAACAAUAAUAUUAUUAAUAACCAUAUUGCUGGUGUCAAUCCUCCUCGAAGAACACGGCCAAGUACUCCUACAAUCAGUAAUACUGCUCCAUCUCCCUCUGGUGCUCAACGACCCCAUACUCCUGCGAAACGACCAUCAACUCCAUCUUCCAUUGCUAAUACUAAUGCAUCGCCACCAAAGAGUGUCGGCCCUUAUAAUAUCCAAAACAAUACCAGUACUGCAAAACAACGUCGCAUGCAGCAACAGCAACCGUCGAGAGGUAGCAUGGCUGGAUUACCACCUGCUGGUCCACCUGGAGGAGUAUGGGCGUCAUCGGCACGUCAUAGGCACAAUCCCGGUAAAGUUCAUCCGGAUGUACUGAGAGACAUGUAUGAGACCUUAUUGAGGACUCCAAGUAAAGGAGACAGGGAAUUGAGAGAAGCUUUGAAAACCUUACGGAAGAUGAUUUGUGAGCAUGGCCUACCUAACGGUGCUGAGAUCCUAAUGGAUGACGGAUCGUGCUCGCUACGAGGUCGCAUAUGGAAGAUAUUGCUGGGCAUAUAUCGCAUGAAGGCCCAGGACUAUGUGUCAUUGAUCCAACGAGGAGCCUCUGAAGUACACGACAAGAUUCGAAAUGACACAUUCAGAACCCUGGCUACUGAUCGAAAGUUCUUGGCUCGUGUUGAUGAAGGAAUGCUGAGCAGAGUGUUGAAUGCGUUUGUUUGGAAGCUAAAAGAUCGACCACACACCAGAUUGAUCAACUUGAAAUACUCAUACGUACAGGGAAUGAAUGUGCUGGCAGCACCCUUCUUGUAUGUUAUGCCUGAACUGGAUGCCUUCUACUCGUUUGCCAGCUUCAUUCAAAACACCUGUCCGUUAUACGUACAACCGGCUCUAGAAGGAGUUCAUUGUGGACUAAAGCUGAUGGACAAGUGCUUGAAGGUCGCAGACUAUGAGCUUUACAGUUUCCUCAAGCACAAGAAAUUAAGUGCAACUGUAUAUGCCUUCCCAUCAAUUAUGACCUUUUGUGCAUGUACCCAACCUCUGGACGAGCUAUGCAAAUUAUGGGAUUUCUUGUUUGCUUAUGGAGUACACCUGAAUGUAUUAUGUGUUGUGGUUCAGAUCACACAUAUACGGCAUGAACUCUUGAAUGCCCCAAGUCCUAUGAGGUUACUUCGAACACUACCAGACCUCAACGCCAAACAGAUUAUUGAGGAUACCCUACGCCUCAUUCCACUCCUCCAUGAAGACUUGUAUGACAUGUUGGUCCGACACCCUUUCGAUCCGACAAUACAUGACGUUGUUUUGCCUGAACGUGAAGGUGAUGAUGAUAGUGAUGAGGACAAGAGCGAACAAGAGGAGGAACAAUCUGAUGCAGACGAUGAGGGAGAAUGGUAG